AUGCUCAGACGGACCGACGUGAAUUCAGUGACCAGUUGGAACGUUCCACUCGUUUGGGAAGGAACCUUCGAUCCGGUGGUCAUCGAUGACGUCUAUAAAAAACUGGACCCGAGAGUAGCCGUGGUGGUGUUCGCUGUUGGAAAAUACACACGUUACCUGAAGGGUUUCCUUGAGUCUGGUGAGAAGCACUUCCUCGUGGACUUCAGGGUCACGUAUUACAUCUUCACUGACAGUGAGAAAGACGUUCCGAACGUUAAUCUGGGCAAAGGUAGAAAAGUCAUUGUCAUGGAUGUCCCAAGUGCGAACCGCUGGCAGGAUGUGGUUAUUGGCAGGAUGAAAUGGACGACCAUUGGGAUCGACACCAGGAUCCGAGCGGAGGCAGAUUAUCUUUUCUUGAUGGACAUCGACAGUGUCUUCCACAACCGCUUUGGAGCCGAGUCUCUCAGUCAGCUCUCUGCAGUGCUCCAUCGUGGAUACUACAAGAACACAAAACGGGACUCAUUUCCUUAUGAGCGUCGCCCCCAGUCCAAAGCCUACAUUCCUCAGGGUGAAGGAGACUUCUACUACACUGCUGCUGUCUCGGGAGGAUACUUGGAGGAGAUGUACAAGAUGGUGAAGUACUGUUAUGAUGGCGCGGAGGAAGAUGCCAAGAACAAAAUUGAAGCCGUGUGGCAGGAAGAGAGUCAUUUGAACAAGUACCUCGUGUACAACAAACCCACCAAGGUUCUGUCUCCUGAGUUCUUGUGGUCAGACUAUGAUAAAGUACCAAAGGAUAUUCAGGUGGUCCGGAUAUCUCAGCUGGUUAAGGACUAUGCAGAAGUGAGACCUAAUGGUGGACAGUAG